CGGAGGGCGGGCCUGUUUCCGGGAGGCGCGUGGGGCGCGAGGCCCGGAGCCGCCGCGGCCGCCAGCGACAUGGAGACGCUGUACCGAGUCCCGUUCUUCGUGCUCGAAUGUCCCAACCUGAAGCUGAAGAAGCCGCCCUGGGUGCACAUGCCGUCGGCCAUGACGGUGUACGCCCUGGUGGUGGUGUCCUACUUCCUCAUCACCGGAGGAAUAAUUUAUGAUGUCAUUGUCGAACCUCCAAGCGUUGGCUCGAUGACUGAUGAACAUGGACAUCAGAGGCCAGUAGCCUUCUUGGCCUACAGAGUAAAUGGACAAUAUAUCAUGGAAGGACUUGCAUCCAGCUUCCUGUUUACAAUGGGAGGUUUAGGUUUCAUAAUCCUGGACCGAUCCAAUGCACCAAAUAUUCCAAAACUCAAUAGAUUUCUUCUUCUAUUCAUUGGAUUCGUCUGUGUUCUAUUGAGUUUUUUCAUGGCUAGAGUAUUCAUGAGAAUGAAACUGCCGGGCUAUCUCAUGGGUUAGCGUGCCUUUGGAGAGGAAAUCGAUGGGUACUGGAUUUGCUCCUGUUAAUGAGGUUUUAAAGGCGGUACCAAUCCUCUGACACGCAGUGUGGAAAAGAAGGAAGAGCAGCGAAGGAAGGAAGGAUCUAGCGAAGUGUAUGAAAGCUUGGACCAGAAUCCCUUCUUGGUGUCACAGACAAGUUCAUCACGGCGUUUUCUUCCUGCAGACCUACCCUGACAUACCAACGAUGUUAACUGGCGUUUUCUUAGUUUUUCAUUUCCUAAAAUACCCUCCCCAUCUACAACUAUAAUAUUAAAUAAAAUGAUUUUUUUUUUCUACAACCCCCUUAACAUUUUUUGGAGAUGACACUUCUGAUUUUCAGAAAUUGAUGUAAAAUCGGGAAGCAAGAUUCCCUAAGCUGAGAACUCUGGACAGCUGCUCAGCUUUACCCACGGUGCUUUGCCUUUAAACAGAGUGUGUGACUGUACCUUAUCUCAGAGGUGUGUGUAAGACUGCGUCCUGAACAACAAGAUGUAUGAGAGGAGCAGAAAUAAAUAACUUUUAUAAUUAA